AUGGCCGCCCUGAUCCGUCGGUUCCGCACGUUCCCAGAGCCGCAGCCUCCCGCGGAACUGCUGAGCAACGCCGCGGCCAACGAGCGCGUGCCUUGGGCAUCCAAGACCGGCGACGGCUCGGUGGUCGCGUCGAUCCUCAUGCCUCUCUACAUUUUGACGGUCGCGUUUGGUGUGCUGCUGCCGCGGCCGUUGGUCACCAUCGGUGCGGCCUUCUUGCUGGCGGGCGUGAAGCUGGGCGUGUGCAUGUCAGUUUGCUUGCACCGCUGGGCCGCCCACGGCGCGUUCUCGUGCUCCUAUCCUUUCGCCGUCGUUCUCUCGGUGCUCGGCUGCCUCGCCACGCAGGGCGGCCCGGUGUGGUGGGGCUCCAAGCACCGUGUCCAUCACGCAUACUGCGAGAAGGCGCGCGACCCGCACAGCCCGCGGUGGCGCCUUUUCGUGGUAUGCGCCUUUUCGUGGUUCGGGAAGGAGAACAAGUACGUGGACCUCGAGCACGUGCCGCUGCACCUCGAGGGCACGCUCCUCCUCCUCAUCAACACGUACUCGUUUCUCCCAACCCUCGUGGAGCUCGCUUGCGCGUUUCGCUACUUCGGCGUGACCGGGCUGUACAUAUCGUACGUGGCCGGGGCGCUCUGCAAGGGGCUGCAGACGCCGAACGUCUUCUUUGCGAUGGUGCAGGAGGUGACGUGGCCAUACACGUUCCUCAUCGGCCUGCGCGGACUCGUCUGGGGCGUCAAGCACUACAUGCGCGCGGAGCACAAAUGGGAAGGCGCCACAGCGGGAGGAAGCAAAGGACACCCUGAGUAG